AUGGAGGAGGUCUUGAAAAAGCUUUUGUCAAAGGCCGGGUUAUCCACUCUCAUAUGUAACGAAUGCAUCACACGCUUGAGAGAUGCUUGCAGCUUCAGGAUCCUGGUAUUCAACACGGAGAGACAGCUGCUGGAAGCUUUGGAUUCUGGUCAAAGUGAUAUACUAAAUCAAGAUACAGUGAAACAAGAGUUCAGUAGUACAGUAUCUGUAAAAGAAGAAAUAACGAGCAACGGGGAAUGUUCGGAAGAAGAGUCCAGCAAAUAUAAUAUGUGUGAAGUAAUAUACAAUACCCCUCCCCCGAAUAAUGAUCUUGUGGAAGGCGAAUCAAAACUUAUCGCGAGGUUCACUUCGCUUAAACCACUGCUUAAGCGAGUGCACCUCAAGAAGAUUUGCCCGAAUUUCGUUAAACGCUUAGAAGCUCUAAAAGGUAAACAUAUAUCAGGAAAGUCUUUAGAGCGACUGCUACAGACAGACACAGAAAAACUAAAAGGAAAUUUAAAAACGGUACCUAAUGACCAACUUAACGAAGACCUAAACGAACCCUUUACUAAAAAGAAGCGAAUACAGACCACCAAGUAUAAAGAAAAAGACAAACUGGACAUUGAUAGACUUAAAAACCCAUACACCAUAGAAAGAUUAACUCAUGCAACGAAUAUAACUGCAAUACUGGAAUUUUCAAAUGUAACAGCUUUUAAAUCGAAAUUCCAAAGAGCUUAUCCGUGCUUUUACUGCGAAAAGUUAUUUGAAGAUUUCGAAGAGCUUAAAAAGCAUCAGAAAUCAGAUCACACCAAAGAGAAUGUCAGCCAAAGCGUUUUAAAAAAGUACAGAGUGGGCAGACCUGAUGGAGUAGUCGUUUAUGCUGAUAUAUCCGACCUACAAUGCACAAUUUGUAGUAAGAGUAUACAAAGUCUGAACGAUUUAAAGAAACAUCUAACAGAAGUACACGGAAAGAAAAUGUAUUUGGAAUUGUCGGACAGAGUUAUUCCUUUCAAAGUCAAAGAGAACAGUUUCCAGUGUCAACUUUGCGGUAAUCUUUACGAGACAUUUGGAGCGAUAGAGCGGCAUAUGAACACUCACUACAGAAAUUACGUUUGCGAAGAAUGCGAUUCUGGUUUCGUGUCGAAACAGAGAUUACGAAUACACGGCUAUCAUAUGCAUUCGCGUAGAACCAAACAGUACCCGUGUGAGGUUUGCCAAAAGCAGUUCCCUUCUCAGCAAAAGAGGAAGAUUCACGUUGAAACGGUUCACGAGAAUGUGAAGAAAUAUAAAUGUAAUAGAUGCCCUGAGAGAUUCAAUGAAUACUUCCGGCGACAUAAGCAUAUGGUGCUGGUACACGGAGUAGCUCCUCUAGAAUAUAAGUGUAACAUUUGCGAAAAAUCAUUCGAACGUCCCUACGCGUUAUCCAUUCAUAUGCGAACGCAUAUACAGCAAAAGGAUAUAUACUGCGAAAUAUGCCCUUAUAGAUGCUUUACUAACGUGGAAUUAAGGCAUCACAUGAUAAAACAUAACGGAAAAAGAAUUCAUGAAUGUUCUGUUUGCAAAAAAUCGUAUGCUAGAGAGAAAACGUUAAAGGAACACAUGCGAAUCCAUACAAACGACAGAAGGUACGUGUGUCCUGUCUGUGGGCAAGCAUUCAUACAAAAUUGCAGCUUGAAAAGCCACAUUAGAAGUCAUCAUAAAGAUUAUGGUUUGACGUGAAAUUAAAUUACUGCAUUAAUUGUUGCCUAAUAAAUUAUUUUGUUAAAUAA